AUGCUGGUGGGAGGAGCUAUUGGAGGACAGGCUCAUUGGAGCAAUAGGAUGCUGGUGGGAGGAGCUAUUGGAGGACGGGCUCAUUGGAGCAAUAGGAUGCUGGUGGGAGGAGCUAUAGGAGGACAGGCUCAUUGGAGCAAUAGGAUGCUGGUGGGAGGAGCUAUUGGAGGACGGGCUCAUUGGAGCAAUAGGAUGCUGGUGGGAGGAGCUAUAGGAGGACGGGCUCAUUGGAGCAAUAGGAUGCUGGUGGGAGGAGCUAUUGGAGGACAGGCUCAUUGGAGCAAUAGGAUGCUGGUGGGAGGAGCUAUUGGAGGACGGGCUCAUUGGAGCAAUAGGAUGCUGUGUUUCCGGGCACUGUGCUGUAAAGGACCUCCCCGGUCCAGACCAGAGUAUGAUGUGGUGUGUAUUGGACUGACCGGGUCCGGCAAGAGCAGCCUACUGGCGUGGCUGUGUAACGAGGGGAGCCACGGCAUCGGACCUACCACAGGCUUCAGCAUCAAAGCAGUACCGUUCCCAAACGCCAUCUUGAAUGUAAAGGAACUCGGAGGAGCGGAGAACAUUAAGAAGUACUGGUCUCGGUACUACCAGGGAUCCCAGGGUGUGGUAUUCGUAUUGGACAGCGCUUCUUCAGACGAGGAGAUGGAGUCGGCCCGUAACGAGCUCCACUCUGCCCUGCAGCACCCCCAGCUCUGCACCCUACCCUUCCUCAUACUGGCCAACCACCAGGACAAACCUGCUGCACGCCCACCCAACCAGAUGGAACAUUCAAGACAACCCUCCUUUAUAAAGAAAUACUUGGAGCUGGAGCCUUUAGCCAGGGGGAAGCGUUGGAUCCUGGAGGGCAGUACGACAAACAACAUGGUGGCCGUGAAGGAGAACUUUAUCCAGCUAAUCAGUCUACUGGAGGACACGGACACAGGGCUACCUGCAAGGAUAUGA